GACGCUGAAUCAUGCGUUUUGUUUCAAAAUUCAAGGGGGACCUCUCCGCACCGGUGCCCGGUGUAUUAUUUUUAAAGCAUUGUGGUAUGAUUCCGACCCAAAACCUUAAUUACUUUACUCACAAGUAGUGCAAAAUCGAUGCCAGCCUUUAACGUUUGGCACAGAUUGUACCCGAUACAGUUUAACUUGUAAAGAGAGCUGGCUAGCACAGCAGAGGUUGCUCAUGUCUUCCAAAAAAGUCUACACCUGGGAAUUAUCCGAUUCUGAGUCAGAAAAUGAUGUGGACACUCGUCCAAAGCAGUUAUUCAGUCACAUAAAUGAGAAGCAGGAUAACGCAUUGUGCAUCCCUGAAGUUAGCAAAACGUCGGGUCUUGGGAAACGACCUCACGUAAUCGUGGUAUCAGAAGAGGAAGACGACGUUGAUGAGGACGCUCUUCUGCAACCUCCGACCCGCCAAGAAAACAUUUAUAACUCCCCGAGUCCUGGAAAGAAACGUCGGAAUCGGGAAGAGGUAGAGGCUGAUCGUGCCAAAGCAGAGGAGAAAAGAGCAGAGAGAGAAAAGGCCAAGAAAGAGCGAGAGAAAAAGAAGGAGGAACAGAAGCAAGAACAGAAAAAGAGAAAGGAGGCUGCGGAACGUCUAAAAAGUUAUCGACCUGAAAACUACAUCAAGUGUCUAACCGUACAAAUACAUCCAGUUUUACUGCAGGAUGGAAACUCGGACGUGUUGACGGAACAGCUGUCGGAACUGGAAUGGAAGAUGCGAAUAGAGCCUCACUCCCUGACUCACAGCAUCACAUGGACAAGGAGCUUAUCUCAGGAGGAGGGCGAUGGAGAGACUGAAGAAGAUCAGAUCCUGAUGGUCAUCACUCUUGACGAGUUCCUGGGCAUAGUCCUGUCCGUUAAACAGAUUUUGAAAGGAGACUCUAGUCGGCAUGAGAUGUCACCUCUGUUGACUGCCCUAACGGACCACUUGAAUGCACACACAGGGUCGGUUGUCACCAUGUUGGUGAUGGGCGCUAGUAAGCACCGCAAGCAUGGCUCUUGGUAUCACUCCCAUGGCAACCUGCGUUCUCAGUUAGGCAUGGGGGAUAUGGAGAUAGAGGAGGUGCUGGUGUACCUGCAGCUCUACAAGAGUGUGUUUGUCCACUUCCUGUACAACUGGAAGGAGGUCACGGAACAGGUGUGCACCUACACAAAGGCUCUAUCCAAGCGGCCAUUUAAAGCCAUGACGGAGUGCACAGAUUUGGGCUUCUGCGUAGACGGUGCCUGGGCGGCCGGCGCGCGUGUGGAACGCGAUGGCAAAGGGCUGGCGGAGGUCUGGAGCCGGCAGAUCCAGCAGUUGAACCGUGUCAGUCCCGCCGUGGCCGCAGCUGUGACUGCCGCAUACCCAUCUCCCCACCUACUGCUGCAGGCCUAUAAAAAGUUGGACUCUGAAAAAGAGAGGCGUGGCCUGCUGGCUGAUCUGAUGGUGAAAGGCAAUGUGAAGGACAGACGCAUCGGCCCCGAGUUUUCGUCUCGCAUUUAUCGCGUUCUCACUUCAGAGAAUCCUGAUUUGGUGCUGGACUGAAGUCACUCACUGAGAAAACUUGGAGUUGCUGUGGGUGUUGAGAAGAAAGAGUUUUAAGGAAGUUUGAUCUAUGUUACUAUGUUACCAAGUAUUAUUUUAUGAUUUUUGUAAAACUUGUUGGAAGUUUGUGAAUAUUUUGUAAGGAAUUAAUGAUACAUUUGAAUAUGUAAUGUGUUGAAUAUGUAAUUAACAAACUGAACAGUGUAUAUGAUAUUUUGAAUCAAGGCAUUAUGGCAAUAAAGUUUUUUUUAGAUCUUGAA